UUUUUUCGUUCCUCGCAACCCUUGGCCUGGGCACCGCUUUAUUUUGACCAUUCUCCUCUUUCUUCUUCUUCUACUAUAUGAGUAUAGCGACUCAAAAUAAUACACUCAAACUCAGCAGUCAGCACACACAAAAUAGAAAUUGAAAACGAACGAUGAUAUUUUCAAGGGGUUUAUCUCAGAUUUCGAGAAACCGCUUCAGUAGAUGCCGAUGGUUAAUUUCAUCACGUCCCAUCCAACAAUUACAUCAAUCCAAUCACAUCCACGAUUCUCAAAAGGUUUUGGGUUGCAGAGUAAUUCAUUCAUGGGUUUCUAAUACUCUUAGAGGUAUUGGGCAACAAAUUCACCAGCAAAGCACUGCUGUAGCAGAGGAGCAAGUGGACCCAUUUUCCCUUGUUGCAGAUGAAUUAUCCCUUCUGACAAACAGGCUGAGAUCAAUGGUAGUUGCUGAGGUUCCAAAGCUGGCUUCAGCUGCUGAGUAUUUCUUCAAAAUGGGAGUAGAAGGAAAGAGGUUUCGACCCACAGUUUUGCUGUUGAUGGCAACUGCAUUGAAUGUACAGAUUCCUAAAUCUGCUCCCCAGGUAGAUGUUGAUUCUUUGUCUGGGGAUUUGCGUACAAGGCAGCAGUGUAUAGCUGAGAUCACUGAGAUGAUCCAUGUUGCCAGCCUACUUCACGAUGAUGUACUGGAUGAUGCUGACACAAGACGUGGGAUAGGUUCUUUAAACUUUGUAAUGGGAAAUAAGCAGCUAGCUGUACUAGCCGGAGACUUUCUGCUUUCCCGAGCAUGUGUGGCACUUGCCUCCUUGAAGAACACAGAGGUUGUAUCUCUUCUGGCAACUGUUGUGGAACAUCUUGUUACUGGAGAGACAAUGCAAAUGACGACUUCUUCUGAUGAACGUUGUAGCAUGGAGUAUUAUAUGCAGAAAACAUAUUACAAGACUGCAUCAUUGAUUUCAAAUAGCUGCAAAGCGAUCGCACUACUUGCCGGGCAUACUGCUGAAGUCUCCGUGUUGGCUUUUGACUACGGAAAAAAUCUGGGAUUGGCAUUUCAAUUAAUCGAUGAUGUUCUUGAUUUCACGGGCACAUCUGCAACCCUUGGCAAGGGUUCAUUGUCUGAUAUUCGUCAUGGAAUUGUAACUGCCCCAAUAUUGUAUGCCAUGGAGGAAUUUCCUCAACUGCGUACGCUGGUGGACCGAGGUUUUGAUGAUCCUGUCAAUGUGGAGAUCGCUCUGGACUACCUUGGGAAGAGCAGAGGGAUACAGAGAACAAGAGAACUUGCCAGAAAGCAUGCUAACCUUGCGUCAGCGGCAAUAGACUCUCUUCCAGAGAGCGAUGACGAGGAAGUUCAGAGAUCAAGACGUGCACUUGUAGAACUUACUCACAGAGUCAUCACAAGAACAAAAUAGGGGGAAUAAAGGGAAUCUAUCAGGUGCAGCCACACAUUCAAUUAGUGUACGAUUUUUUUUUCCUUGACUCAACACGAAAUCCGGUAUUUCUUGGGACAACAUACCCUCACUUCACAUUAUGAUUUUGUUAUAGAUAGAUAAUUUAUGAUUCUCCUCAUCCAAUAAUUAUUUAGUAAGACCAUUGUUUUGCCUGUUCUGUACUGGAUACAACUCUGUAGAGUAAAUGUGAUACACAUUGAUGUUGUACAAUCCAGUUGAAACUUAGUGGAUGUACCCUUUGAUACAUAAGGUUGAAAAGGCUAAUGGCUAUUGACUAA